GUGACCGAGAGCUCAGCCUCUAACUUCCACCUGACAUCUGUACAGAGCUCAGGAACAAUGUCUGGUGUGUGCUUUCUCCUUCUGAUGCUCCCUCUGCUAUCAGCUCAGACUUAUCACUGGGGUCCCUGUCCUACUCCGAAGGUGCAGCCCAACUUUAACCUUCAGCAGUACCUGGGUAAAUGGUAUGAGAUUGAGAAGCUGCCUGCUCCCUUUGCAAGAGGAAAGUGCAUUGAGAUAAACUACUCCAUUAGGAGAGAUGGGACCAUCCAGCUGCUGACCUCGCAGAUCUAUAAAGAUAAGAAGAGGCAUGCAGAAGGGACAGGUGUAGUUUCAGACCCACGAGAACCGGCCAAACUGGGAGUCAGUUUCUCAUAUUUCACUCCAUAUGUGCCAUACUGGGUUCUGACUACUGACUACACCAGCUUGUCUGUCGUGUACUCCUGCACAGACAUCCUUCGCAUAUUUCAUUUCAACUACAGCUGGAUUCUUGCCCGGUCGCCCUAUCUGCCUCCAGAGACUGUGCAUUACGCCAAACAGCUGCUAAUUGAUGAAGGAAUCGACAUUUUCAGGAUGACACACACAGAUCAGAACUGCAAGGAUAAAUAAUAACCAAUAGACACGUUCAGUUAUUCCUCUCUUAUGAACUCAUCCCACUUCAAUAUAUCUGUUUUUAAUUGUUGCUGCCUUUUGAAAAGACAUGUAAAUUCUAAAUAAAAUGAUCACUAAGUUAAAGUGUUAAAAUUGUACAAAGGAGUUAGGUAACCCAUUAUCUAUUAAUUAUUUUUAGUUUUAGCUAUUUUAGGGGGAUAUCUGUGUGUGCAGGUGACUAUUACUGUGCAUAA